CGCGCACCCUAUGCAUGCAAUCCCAAGAACCGCCCGUGCCUGUCCACAACGACAACCUUCUUACGAUUCCAAAGUGGUACGCAGCAGUUUUAUCCGGCUGAAACACUUCGCUCUGGUUGUGCGAUCGCCAGGUCGAUCACAUGAGUUUCUUCCGUCUUACCUGAGAUGGGUCUCAUUAGCAAAGCCAAGUCAGCUCCUCGCGAUUCCGGUUCAGCAGGUGGAGGUGUCAAGUACAUCUGUAAUGUUUGCAGCGCCGAUAUCACUUCGACAGUGCGCAUCCGUUGCGCGAGCAAGCAAUGUGUAGACUACGACCUCUGCGUCACCUGCUUUGCGAAGGGAGAAAGCAACACUCAUCAUGACCCACGGUCACAUCCAUACCAUGUAAUCGAACCACACAGCAUACCGAUCUUCGACGAGGAUUGGGGCGCAGAUGAAGAGCUGUUGUUACUGGAAGGUGCUGAACAAUAUGGACUGGGGAGCUUUGCGGACAUCGCAGAUCACAUCGGAGGCUAUCGAGAGAAGGACGAAGUACGCGAGCAUUACAUACAAACAUACAUCAAUUCGUCACUAUUCCCACUACCUGAGCGAGCGAGUCCUGGAGACAAGCGCUUGAGCGAUUCCAUACCGCGCGAUGAAUUUGUUUCAAGGAAGAAGAGGCGCGUGGAGGAGCGCAAACAGAAGAUCGCGGACAAUGCGGGCAAUGCGCCAACGCCUGCGAAACCUACCUCGUCUGUACCAAGCUGUCACGAAGUCGCUGGUUUCAUGCCUGGAAGAUUGGAAUUCGAGAGCGAAUAUUUCAACGAGGCGGAAGAAGCUGUGCAGCACAUGCAAUUUUCACCGGAGGAAGGCAUCAAUCCAGCUACAGAUCAGUUCGACGCAGAGACAGAAUUGAAGAUGGUCGUUAUGGGUAUCUACAAUGACCGCUUGACGGCGCGGACAGACCGGAAGCGCGUCAUCUUCAAUCACAAGCUGCUCGAUUACCGGAAGAACACUGCUAUUGACAAAAAGCGCACCAAAGAGCAACGAGAUCUCCAGCAGAAAUUGAAACCUUUCGCUCGGAUGAUGUCACAUCCUGACUUCGUUUCUUUGUGUGAGGAUGUCGAAAAGGAGCAGAAUCUUCGACAAGCCAUUUCCCAAUUGCAAGAAUGGCGACGGAUGCGCAUUUCUACAUUGGCAUCGGGUGAGAAGUACGAAGGAGAGAAAGCCUCCAGAACGCUUCGCAACCUACCUCAGCCUGGACAGUUCGAUCGUCUGAGCAACGUCGUUCGCCUGGGUAAGCCCCAGGCGCACGCCGUGCCGGAAGUCGCGCCUGCUGUGGUGGACUACACAACAAAAGCCGACCUACCCAUUCGGCUCACGCCCCAAAAUAAUCAAGUUAACGACAGUAAUGCGACAAGCGAUCUUUCCAAACGUGCGUCGCUGCAACCUAUACCGACGAUUGUGCCGACGAGCUGGGACGAGGAAUCAGCGCCGGAUUUCCAAUUACUCCUGCCAGCGGAACAGGAACUCUGCAACAAAUUACGACUACACCCCAAAACGUAUAUCUGCAUCAAGGAUGCGGUAUUGAAGGAGGCCAUGAAGAACGACGGAAAGCUUAAGAAGAAAAACGUGCGAGAGAUCAGCCGCAUCGAUACGACCAAGGGCGGCAGAGUGUUCGAGUUCCUAUGCGAGAUGGGCUGGUUGGGUAAUGCGGCAAAGUCGUAGCCGACAAUACCCCCUUUUUUCGACGUAGCAUUCGGGACGGGAUUUCGGUUCUGGGAAGGCUUACAAAUGGGGGGCGUUCGGGAGCAACCUUUGGAGUUCGGGAGAACACCGUGUGUAAAUUCAGGCCAUUGACGAGAUCAUUUCAAUUAAUGGCACAUUCUUGAAUAAUGAUCCUUAUGUGGCAUGUAAUUUGGGCAAGUGAUCUGAGAUUAGUGAACCAACAAAAAUAGUAUCGCGGGCGCUACAAGAAAUAACAACCCCGU